CGGCAGAGCAGCCAUGGAGGCAGCGGCGCGGAGGCGGCAGCAUCCGGGAGCUGCGGGCGGCGCGGGCGCGCAGCCGGGCGCCUCCUUCCUGCAGGCCAGGCACAGCACCGUCAGGGCUGAUGAAGCCGCUGCCGGCACAGCUCCCUUCCACCUUGACCUCUGGUUCUACUUCACCCUGCAGAACUGGGUUCUGGACUUCGGCCGUCCCAUUGCCAUGCUGGUGUUCCCUCUUGAAUGGUUUCCACUCAACAAGCCCAGCGUGGGAGACUACUUCCACAUGGCCUACAACGUCAUCACGCCCUUCCUCCUGCUCAAGCUCAUCGAGCGGUCUCCUCGCACCCUGCCGCGCGCCGUGAUCUACGUCAGCGCCAUCACCUUGGUCAUGGGCGCCAGCAUCCACCUGGUGGGCGACUCGGUGAACCACCGCUUGCUCUUCAGUGGCUACCAGCACCACCUGUCUGUCCGCGACAAUCCCAUCAUCAAGAACCUCAAGCCCGAGACGCUGAUCGACUCCUUUGAGCUGCUCUACUACUACGACGAGUACCUGGGCCACUCCAUGUGGUACAUCCCCUUCUUCCUCAUCCUCUUCGUGUACUUCAGUGGUUGUUUCACUGCCACCAAGGCCGAGAGUUCGAUGCCGGGGGUGGCCCUGCUCCUGGUCAUGCCCAGUGGCCUAUACUAUUGGUACCUGGUCACCGAGGGCCAGAUCUUCAUCCUCUUCAUCUUCACCUUCUUCGCCAUGCUGGCCCUCGUCCUGCACCAGAAGCGCAAGUGCCUCUUCCUGGACAGCAACGGCCUCUUCCUCUUCUCCUCCUUCGCUCUCACCCUCCUGCUCGUGGCGCUGUGGGUCGCCUGGCUGUGGAAUGACCCUGUCCUCAGGAAGAAGUACCCGGGUGUCAUCUACGUCCCUGAGCCCUGGGCCUUCUACACCCUCCACGUCAGCAGCCGACACUGAGUCCCUGGAGCCGGCCACCGGUGCUCUGGCGGCGGGAGACGGGCCGUAGAGGGUGUCUGAGCAGGGGAUGUGCGUGCGUGCGUGUGUGCGCCUACGUGUGUGUCCACUGUGUGUGUGUAGCUGGUCACUGAGAACGUUGGUAGGGGUGCGCACUGUGCCCAUGGACGGGUGUGUGUGUGUGUGUGUGUGUGCACGUGUGCGUCCACUGUGUGUAGCUGGUCACUGAGAACGUUGGUAGGGGUGCGCACUGUGCACAUGGACGGGGGUGUGUGUGUGCACGUGUGCGUCCACUGUGUGUGUGUAGCUGGUCACUGAGAACGUUGGUAGGGGUGCACACUGUGCACAUGGAUGGGGGUGUGCGUGUGUGUGUGCACGCAUGUGCAGCGUGCCUCAUCGUAAGACUGAUUAUUUGGAUCAAGUUUCUCUUUGGUUUGGAUCUCUUCGGGCUGGGGUAUAGUUUGAGGCAGUGUGUCCAGCCCUCGGCUUCUCGCACGCCUGCCUGGAGUCGGGCCCUCUCCUUCACGGCUCAGAGCGGCUCUCUUCCUGGGGUGGCUCCUGGUAGCCACGCUACGUAGGCCUGGUGGGUGUGGCAGCAGCGAUGAGGGGACUGGGCAUGUCACCUGCCACCUGGCUCGCCCCUCAGACCUGCCCUGACCCUGAAGGCCAGAUUACAAAGGUGAAGCUAACUUUUUGGGUAUCAUGGAGCAAAGUACAUCCCUCCUCUGGGCCUCCGUUGCACUCGCUGGGACCAGGGCCCAAAUGUGUCAGCGGGCUGGUUGUUGGGUCAGCCUUGGGAUGGGUGCCUAGUUCUGUCCUGUCACUGCCCUCUGCUACCCCGGGAAGGGUAUGAGCACCGCAGAGCCUCCCCCAAACUCAGGUCACACGGAGUGUUGCCCCGCCCCACCUCUGGAGAGCCAGCGGCCAGUCUGCUCCCCUGACCACAGCCUGAUCUUGGGGUCUCUCCAACCAUUUCCCUCUGCCAGAAGCUUCUCCCUGCUCCCCACCGGAACCGUGGCACCCCUUCCUGGCAGCCCAACCAGGAUGUCUGAGCUGCCAGUGAAGGCUGCAUUCUCAAACACUUGCAGUAUUCCCCGAGCCCCAGUAUACGGCCAGGGGGCACUUGGGGGAUGUUGCGGGGGGCAGAUUGGAGACUCUCCCCCAUAGGCCUUGUCUCAGCCUGAAUCUCAUGCCUUCUGCUCAUGGCCUUGCUCCCAGAAAAGGGAGGCUUCAUUCCCAGUAGGACACCCCAGGCCCACCUUCCCCCAGGCCUCGGGGCUAGGUCUGCCCACAAGGUCCGACACCACAGUCUCAUUUUCCAGCCAGCACUGGCUCGGUGAGCUUGUGGGCCUCCGGGGGCCUGGCCUGCCUUCCCCGGGCCCUGCCUCCUCUCCUGUGUUCUCAGGGAGCCCCGUGCCUCAGAUGCUCCUUUCAUGUUGGGGUCCCUCUGCAGCCCCCUUAGAGGUCCCCCAGCCCCGGUCCCAUGGGGGCGGAGAGAGGCAUGAAUAAAGACCAGUGUGGAGCCA